AUGUCUGCUUAUGCAGCUGUUCUUUCUCUUAUUCAUGCUGUGAGGCGAAUCCAGAAUCUUACAAGCAAAAGCAUCUAUCACAGCUGGUCUGUCGAUGAUCUAGCGAAAAUGGGGUAUUCCAUGCUUGAUUUUCUGAAAAAGUAUUCCUAUGGAGAUGAUCAAGAAGGACGAAAUAUGGAGAGACUAAUUGCAGAAGUUGCUCAUGAAGCAGAAGAUGCGAUUGAAAAUUGUGUGGCUGAUGAAAUCUUUAAUAGGUUGAGAAAUGAGCAUCGACACAUUCAGUUGCUCAAAGCAGUCGAAGAAAACAUGAAAUCCAUAUUGGAAAUGGUUAUGAGGAUUCAAGGAUUCGAGAAAGUCGAAGAUAAGCACCUUCCAUCAUCCAGGUCGAUCGAUCAGCAGCUGCCCGAAGACUCUGUUUUACGUGAAAUCCUCGAUUUGCUAAUCAAAGGACAAUCUUCGCGCGAAAUUAUUACAAUAUAUGGCAUUGGCGGCAUUGGUAAGACCACAUUGGCUCGAUCCGUUUAUGAAAAUUAUUCUGUUGUACGCCACUUCGUCACCAGGAUAUGGAUCCCUUUGUCCCAAGAAUGCACUCUUUUAGAUGUUCUUUUACGAAUUUUUAGCUCUCGAAAAGUACUAGACAAAUGUGAUUGUUUAGUAACCGCGAGCGAAAUAGGAGAACGCCUGAGCAAAAUUUUAUAUGGUCGGCGAUACCUAAUUAUAUUAGAUGGAAUGGCGAGUUUGGAAAUUUGGGAUGGCCUAAAACAUUUCUUUCCCGAUGACAAAAACAUGAGUCGAAUCAUUGUAACUACUCGUCUCUCAAAUGUGGCUACAUAUGUGAGCUCUUGUAGGCUUGAGAUGAAGUUUCUUGACAAAGAUAAGAGUUGGGAAUUGUUUCGUAAAACUUCUUUCGGACAAAAGAGUUGUCCUCGUGAACUUGAGAAUAUAGCAAAGGAAAUCGCUCGAAGAUGCAAAGGGCAUCCUCUCUCGAUCGUUGUUAUUGGAGGCCUUCUAAAAAAACUACAUUCGACUAAAAAAUGUUGCGAGGAUGUCGCAAGAGACAUGGACUCAGUUUUGCAUUCAGAAGAUUACGAAGAAUGGUGUUUAAACAUAUUAUCAUUGAGCUACAAAUACUUGCCCGAACAUUUAAAGCCAUGCUUUCUUUAUAUGGGAAUUUUUCCUGAAAACCAUGAGAUUCGGGUUUCACAACUCAUCAAUCUUUGGAUUGCGGAAGGUUUUGUCCGACCAGUUCAUAAUAACAAAAGUUUCGAAGAGGUCGGUCUCGAUUAUUUAAAGGAACUCGUCGAUAGUAAUCUAGUUUUAAUUCCGAGGUGGGGGCGAACCGGGGAUUUUAAAACAUGCUAUCUUCAUGAUUGUAUACGAAACUUCUGUUUAUCAAUUGCACAAGAAGAGAAGUUCUUUCACAUGUUAAGGAAAAAUGACAUUAUUCCGAAAGGCUUCCAUGACGAACUUCGGGUUGUUUUUAAUGAAAAGCAUCAUCCUCAAGAACUUGGUGUCAUCUUAUAUCCAUUACAGUGUCGUACGCUAAUAUGCAAUGGCGCGGAUCUGCCGCAGUUAAAGGAUACAUCUUUUCGUGUAUUGGAUGCAGUCGAUAUAAAUUCUUUUGAAGGUAUCUUUCGACAUGUCGACUUGAGGUAUAUUGGGUGUAGGUCAUCUUCUUUGAGCAGAGUUCCUUCAACCAUUUCAAACCUGUCGAGUUUGCAGACUAUAAUUUGCCGCAACAGAUGUUUGGUAUCAGCUCCAGUCGAAAUUUGGAAUAUGAAAAAUCUCAGACAUGUCGAAUUUACGAAGAUUUCUCUUCCUGAUCCACCUUCAUCCAUGGCGACGCCAGAUGAUCAGACCUUGGCACACCUACAUACUUUUACGACUAUAGUAAAUUUCACGUGCUCGUCUGAAGCCCUCUGGAGGAUGCGAUUUGUCAAGAAACUAAAAAUCAAGUAUGAUAGGACAGUGGCAGAUAAUUUUCUUGAUAAUCUUGGUCGUUUUUUCAUGCUCGAAUUGCUGAAAGUGUGCAUUGAGGCAGAGACAACUACCAUCUUGCUGCGUAGCUUCACUUAUAUAAUCUCACUGAAGAAGCUGACUUUAGACAACAUUGAGCUUUGCUGGAAUGAUUUGGAAAUGUUCAUCUCUUUGCCAAAACUCGAAGAUUUUAAACUUAACGGCAAUGUUUCAGGACAGGUGUGGUCUCUUAUUUCGAUUCCAUUAGAAUUCAGGUCUCUGAAAUCUUUGAGAAUUGGUGGAUCAACUGAUCUUGCUUUCUGGGAAGUCGACAAUUCUUGUUUUCCUGUUCUGGAAAUCGUCGAUCUUGGUGAUGUGCCACACUUGACUUGGAUCCCUUUCCAAAUAGGAGACAUUGAAACUCUAAGAGAGAUUCAAUUCCGUGGCAGCAUUGACACCACAGCCAUUUCUGCACUGGAAAUAUUGCUGGAGCGGGAGAAUCGUGGGAUUGAAGGACUUCAUGUUCGAGUCACCUUCGCGGAUCAAGUGGAAAAUCGACGCUUCUGGAAAAGGGUGGAAUCGUCGAAAUUACGAUGGAGUAGCAAUUUUAUUGUGGAGGCUGGUAAGUUGUGA